AUGACAAUUUCUGACAACGAUAACGAUAAUAUUCCAGGAACAACGGUUGUUCGGCUCCAGAUAAAUGUCUCAAAACUUGAACAAUAUCUUGUUUCGAGAAUACCGGGAUUUAAAAUUCCUUUAAAAGUUCGACAAUUUAAAUUUGGACAAAGUAAUCCUACUGAAAAACAUUAUGUACUUCGAAAGAAACCCCCGGGAACACUUUUAUCUAAAACAGCACAUGCUGUUGAACGAGAAUUUAAAGUACUUGACGCGUUAAGUCGUAAUACUGAUGUACCUGUACCAAAAGUGUACAUUCUUUGUGAGGAUAAUGAAAUAUUGGGAACUCCAUUUUUUGUAAUGGAAUUCUUGAAAGGAAGAAUUUUUGAAGAUGUACUCCUUUCGCCACUUCCCAUUGAAGAUCGCAGAAAAUGUUGGUAUUCGGCCAUUGAGACCCUUGUAAAACUUCACUCGAUUAAUUAUAAGUCCAUAGGACUUGAGAAUUACGGAAAAGCAUCAGGAUUUUAUUCUCGACAAAUUCGUUCAUUGCUCAAAGUUUCAGAGGCUCAAGCUGCUGUAAUGGAUGAUGAAGGUAAUAAAGUAGGCCCUCUUCCAAGGCUCAAUGACAUGAUUCAAUGGUUUAAAAACAAUGAAAUUUCGGACGAUACAUCUAUCAUUCAUGGGGAUUUCAAG